CCACAGAGGAACAGGGCAACCCUCGACUUCCGGCGGCAUUUUGAGGCGAUCCUUCUGGUUCCCUGGAAGUGUUUUCGUUGGCUUUUCUUACUUUCCAGCGUGUCUUUGGUGUUUUUCUCUCCACGGCCCAGUCUCGCUUGAUACUGGCGAAGCGGCCGGCGAGUUCCGCUUCUCAGCCGCCCCCGGGGCCCCCCGCCUGCCGAGGGCCGGUUCCCGGGAGCCGCGCGCGCCUCUCCUCCGUGUUGUCGUCCUCCCGGGGCCGGGCGCGGGGACAGGGAGUCGCAUCCCCGGCUCCUCUGAGCGGUGGCGGCGGCGGCGGCGGCGGCGACGCCUCCCGGCUGUGCUUGCGGAGGGAGCUCGGGGCGGAGUAGUACAAAAUGUCAAAAAUUAGAAGGAAAGUCACAGUGGAAAACACGAAGACCAUAUCUGAAAGCACAUCCCGAAGACCCAGUGUCUUUGAGAGGCUUGGACCCAGCACUGGCAGUACGGCAGAGACACAGUGCCGUAACUGGCUGAAGACUGGCAACUGCCUCUAUGGAAACACAUGUAGAUUCGUACAUGGCCUUUCACCCCGUGGUAAAGGUUAUAGCAGCAAUUACAGAAGGUCACCAGAAAGACCUACAGGGGAUCUUAGAGAAAGAAUGAAGAACAAGCGCCAAGAUAUGGACACUGAGUCCCAGAAACGAAAUAUAGAGGACUCAUCCUCACCUGUUAGGAAAGAAUCUUCAAGGGGGAGACAUAGAGAAAAGGAAGACAUAAAAAUCACCAAGGAAAGAACUCCAGAAAGUGAAGAAGAAAAUGUAGAGUGGGAGACUAAUAGAGAUGAUUCUGACAAUGGAGAUAUUAAUUAUGAUUAUGUUCAUGAGUUGUCAUUGGAAAUGAAGCGUCAGAAGAUACAGAGGGAAUUAAUGAAGCUGGAACAAGAAAACAUGGAAAAGAGAGAAGAAAUUAUUAUUAAAAAGGAGGUUUCACCAGAAAUGGUUAGAUCAAAGUUAUCUCCAUCACAUUCUCUAAGGAAGUCUAGCAAAUCUCCAAAGCGAAAAUCAAGCCCUAAGUCAUCAUCUUCAACUAGCAAGAAGGACAGGAAGACAACUACAGUAUCCUCUCCCAUGUUGGACCAGCAAAGGAAUUCAAAAAGCAACCAAAGUAAAAAGAAAGGACCUCGAACUCCUAGUCCACCUCCUCCUUUACAGGAAGAUAUUGCUCUGGGAAAAAAAUAUAAAGAAAAGUAUAAAGUAAAAGAUAGGAUAGAAGAAAAACCUAGAGAUGGAAAGGACAGAGGACGGGAUUUUGAAAGACAAAGAGAAAAAAGAGACAAGCCCAGGUCUACUUCCCCUGCAGGACAGCAUCAUUCUCCUUUGUCAUCUAGACAUCACUCAUCUUCCUCACAGUCAGGAUCAUCUAUUCAAAGACAUUCUCUUUCUCCUCAUCGAAAAAGAACUCCUUCACCAUCUUAUCAGAGGACAGUAACUCCACCUUUACGAUGUUCUACUUCGCCUUAUCCUUCACAUUCCCUGUCUUCUCCUCAGAGAAAGCAAAGUCCUUCAAGACAUCGCUCUCCAGUGCGAGAGAAAGGAAGGCAUGAUCAUGAACGAACUUCACAGUCUCAUGAUCGGCGUCAUGAAAAGAGGGAAGAGACUAGAGGCAAAAGGGAUAGAGAAAAGGACACAAGAGAUGAACGAGAGUAUGAACAGGAUCAGAGCUCUUCUAGAGACCACAGAGAAGAUAGAGAACCUCGAGAUGUUCGGGAUCGAAGAGAUGCCAGAGAUACUAGAGACCGGAGAGAGCUCCGAGAUUCCAGAGACAUUCGGGACUCCAGGGAGAUGAGAGAGUAUAGCAGAGAUAACAAGGAGAGCCGUGAUCCCAGAGAUUCUCGGUCUACUCGUGAUGCCCAUGACUACAGGGACCGUGAAAGUCGAGAUACUCAUCGAAAGGAGGAUACAUAUCCUGAAGAAUCCCGAAGUUAUGGCAGAAACCAUUUGAGAGAAGAAAGUUCUCGUACUGAAUUAAGGAAUGAUUCCAGAAGUGAGUCUCGAGGUGAAAUUAGGAAUGAUCGGAUGGGCAGAAGUAGGGGAAGAGGUCCAGAGUUACCUGAAAAGGGAAGCCGAGGCACAAGAGCGUCUCAAAUUGAUAGUCACAGUAGUAGUAGCAACUAUCAUGAAAGCUGGGAAACUCGAAGUAGUUAUCCUGAAAGAGACAGAUAUCCUGAAAGAGACACUAGAGAUCAAACAAGAGAUUCCUCCUUUGAGAGAAGACAUGGAGAAAGAGACCGUCGUGACAACAGAGAAAGAGCUCCUAUGUUCUACACCUCCUGCUGCCCCUAUCCUUUGCCACCAGUGUUCUCAGGUCCUGCUGGGGGGACAGAGAAGAUCAGAGAUCAAAGACCAAGCUCACCAAUUCGACAUCAGGGAAGGAAUGACGAGCUUGAGCGUGAUGAAAGAAGAGAGGAACGAAGAGUAGACAGAGUGGAUGAUAGAAGAGAUGAAAGAGCUAGAGAAAGAGAUCGGGAACGAGAGCGAGAGAGAGAGCGGGAGAGAGAGCGGGAGCGAGAGCGGGAUCGGGAAAGAGAAAAGGAAAGAGAACUAGAAAGAGAGCGGGCUAGGGAACGGGAGAGGGAAAGAGAGAGAGAAAAGGAGAGAGACCGUGAAAGAGAUCGUGACCAUGAUCGAGAGAGAGAAAGAGAGAGGGAGCGAGAUAGGGAAAAAGAACGGGAGCGAGAGAGAGAAGAGAGAGAGAGGGAGAGAGAGCGAGAACGGGAAAGGGAGAGGGAGAGAGAGCGGGAAAGAGAAAGAGCAAGAGAAAGGGAUAAAGAACGAGAGCGUCAGAGGGAUUGGGAAGACAAAGGACGAGAGGACCGCAGAGAAAAGCGAGAAGAUGUCCGAGAAGACAGGAAUCUAAGAGAUGGACAUGAUGAGAGAAAAUCAAAGAAACGCUAUAGAAAUGAAGGGAGUCCUAGCCCUCGUCAGUCACCUAAGCGGCGACGAGAACAUUCUCCUGACAGUGACAACUACAACAGUGGUGAUGAUAAAAAUGAACGACACAGACUCUUGAGCCAGGUUGUACGACCUCAAGAAUCUCAUUCUCUUAGUCCAUCACACUUUCCAGAAGACAGGCAGGGCAGAUGGAAAGAGGAAGAUCGUAAACCAGAAAGAAAAGAGAGUUCAAGACGCUAUGAAGAGCAAGAGCUCAAAGAGAAAGUUUCUUCUUUAGAUAAACAGAGAGAACAGACAGAAAUCACAGAAAGCUCAAGAAUUCGAGCACAAGACAUGCUAGGACACCACCCAUCAGAAGACCGGGAUACAUCUGAUGGAGCUCAUGAUGAAAAUAAGAAAAAAGCAAAAUUUCAAAAGAAACCUAUUAAGAAAAAAAAAGAGGAUGAUGUUGGAAUAGAGAGGACUAACACAGAGAUAGCAUCUGAAGAUGGUCAAGUAUUUUCACCAAAAAAAGGACAGAAGAAGAAAAGUGUUGAAAAAAAACAUAAGAGGUCUAGAGGUGAUUCUGAUAUUUCUGAUGAAGAAGCAGUCCAGCAGAGUAAGAAGAAAAGAGGCCCCCGAACUCCCCCUAUAACAACCAAAGAAGGAUUGGUUGAAAUUUCCAAUGAUAAGGAUUUGACUAUAGAAGAUCCUCAGAGAAAAGAAGAUACAGCUUUUAGUGACUGGUCUGAUGAGGAUGUGCCUGACCGGGCAGAGUUGACAGAAUCAGAGCAUGCGACCACAGCUCCUGGAAGGACUACUUCUCCAUCUUCCCUUCCCCCUCCUCCUCCUCCUGUGGCUACAGCUCCUACUGUGACCACUGCUGCUUCUCUUGCCACUACUGCUACUGCUAUCAGCACCUUCAGCCCGAGUACCACUGCUAUUUCCACUUCUGUCAUCCCCACCAAUACGAGUGAAGACUCUCAUAGAAAAUGCCAUAAAACACGAGCUGAAAAAGCAGAGGCACCUCAUGUUACUAUAGAAGAUGCAUCACAUCGCAAACCAGUGGAUCAAAAGAGGAGCAGCAGCCUUGGGAGCAAUCGCAGUAAUCGUAGUCACACAUCUGGUCGUCUACGUUCCCCGUCCAGUGAUUCGGCCCAUCGAAGUGGAGAUGACCAAAGUGGUCGAAAGAGAGUACUGCAUAGUGGCUCAAGAGACAGAGAAAAAACAAAAAGCUUGGAAGUCUCAGGAGAGAGAAAAUCAAGGAUUGAUCAGUUAAAGCGUGGAGAGCCCAGUCGAAGUAUUUCUUCAGAUCGCCAAGAUUCAAGAAGCCAUAGUUCAAGAAGAAGUUCUCCUGAGUCAGAUCGACAAGUUCAUUCAAGAUCUGGGUCAUUUGAUAGCAGAGAUCGGCUUCAAGAACGAGAUCGGUAUGAGCACGAGAGAGACAGGGAAAGAGAGAGGAGAGAUGCAAGGCAGAGAGAAUGGGAUCGAGAUGCUGAUAAAGACUGGUCGCGUAACAGGGACCGAGAUAGAUUACGGGAACGAGAGAGAGACCGAGACAAAAGGAGAGACAUGGACAGGGAAAGAGAGAGACUAAUUUCUGAUUCUGUGGAAAGGGACAGAGACAGAGACAGAAUUUUUGAUAGUUCUCAAACAGAGUCUAUAAAACGCAUUGAAGCAAAAGUGGAGCCUGAACAUGAAAGAGACCUAGAAGGCACUUCUCGAGACUCUGUAGCUUUGGAUAAAGAAAGAAUGGAUAAAGAUCUAGCUUCCAUACAGGGAUUUGAAGAUAUAAAUAAAGCUGGAAGAACUGAGAGUCUGGAAGCAGGAGAUGAUGAAUCCAAGUUAGAUGAUGCACAUUCAUUAGGAUCAGGUGCUGGAGAAGGAUAUGAGCCAAUCAGUGAUGAUGAACUCGAUGAAAUUCUGGCCGGUGAUGCUGAAAAGAGGGAAGACCAGCAGGAUGAGGAGAAGAUGCCAGAUCCAUUAGAUGUGAUAGAUGUGGAUUGGUCUGGUCUUAUGCCAAAGCAUCCAAAGGAACCACGAGAGCCUGGGGCUGCACUCUUAAAAUUCACACCUGGAGCUGUUAUGCUGAGAGUUGGGAUUUCUAAAAAACUGGCAGGUUCUGAACUCUUUACUAAAGUCAAAGAAACAUGUCAGAGACUCUUAGAAAAACCCAAAGAUGCAGACAAUCUUUUUGAACAUGAUUUGGGGGCUCUCAAUAUGGCUGCAUUACUACGAAAAGAAGAAAGAGCAAGUCUUCUUAGUAAUCUUGGGCCAUGUUGUAAAGCGUUAUGCUUCAGACGGGAUUCUGCAAUCCGAAAGCAGCUUGUUAAAAACGAGAAGGGCACGGUAAAACAAGCUUACACGAGUGCUCCAAUGGUAGACAAUGAAUUAUUACGAUUGAGUCUGAGAUUAUUUAAACGGAAGACUACUUGCCAUGCCCCAGGACACGAAAAGGCUGAAGAUAGUAAACUCUCACAGUCCAUUGUCCAACAGGAACUGUGUGUAUCUUAAAACUGAAAUUCAGUGACAUUUUUGGAUCUUCAUCACUGCAUAUUCUUUUUCAAGUUCUUUGGUUUCACAAGCAUUAGUAGUGAGUGACAGAAAACAUUUAUCAGCCAUGCUAAAAAAAAUGAAGAAAAACUUUGAUGUAAAGUUUAAAGAACGUUAGUUUUGGCUAACUUGAGAUUUUACACUGUGCUUAAUACUCAUGCAAAAUAAUGUGAAAACAUCUAGAUUUAGUAGUUUAUUUUGUACGUUUUGUUAAAACCGAGGAAAACGGUUGUCACUGCUCUUCCAGCCUACGAAGGUUUUUAUUAAAUGGAACCACUCACGUGUUCUGGAUCAUCCCUAAGGAAACUGCAACUAUAUUCAAAACUGUAUUUACAGAAGGAACGCACACAUUGUGCAAUACUGUGCUGUACAGAACAUUGAAAGGGCACGCAGAUCCAGCAUGCUGUGUUUGUGGGCAGACCUCGGGGCGGGGGGGGGGGGGACGGGGGGGGGGGAUCAAAAUACUUUUUUUUCUUUCUAAAGUUCUAAUAAAGUUACUGGGUUUUUGGCUUUUUUAAAUAUAUAUAUGCAUUGUUACAAUGUAUAUUGAAUGUACUUGGAAUAUAAAUGGUUUUGUUUAUUAUCAGAGAUUGUCUGCUAUUUUUAUUUUAAAUAAAUGUAUCUUCUUCCCUU